GUUGCCUUAGCAGCGCGGCUUCAUUCCUUCACACUCGGUGCAGUGAACGCAGCACUGCGCUUCGCGGGGUUUCCUCUCGCGUUACUUCAUCAAUUAACCUGCCACACUGUGGUUGUCCUUCGUGGAAAGGGUUUUUAAACCACUCAACUCCUGCUUGGGCUUUUUUUUCUCUCGCAGCACUUUUCCCCCUGCUGUUAUGAAGAAAAACGCCACGGCUGCAAGUUGAUUUUCCAGCCGCGGCUUCCAGUUUGAAACAGCGCGUACAGGUGUGAUAGCACGAGAGAGGAUGGCUCUGCCGACGCCGGUGAAUGUGAGCGCGGCGGGGGGGAUGGUGGGCUGCGUGGAGCAGGGGAACCUCAGCGUGGACGUGACCGACUUUAACACCAGCUGCAACAACGGCUCAGUCGUCUCCAGACCGUCAGCCAGAGUCAAAGAGAUGGACUCCUUUCGCAUCCUCCUCUACUCGCUCAUCUUCCUGCUGAGCGCCUUCGGCAACCUGCUCAUCAUCGUGGUCCUGAUGCUGAACAAGCGCAUGCGCACGGUCACCAACUCCUUCCUGCUGUCGCUGGCCGUCAGCGACCUCAUGAUGGCCGUCUUCUGCAUGCCGUUCACCCUCAUCCCCAACAUCCUGGAGGACUUCAUCUUCGGAGGUGCCAUGUGCAAGACCGUCACCUACUUGAUGGGGAUCUCCGUCAGCAUCUCCACCUUUAGCCUCGUGGCCAUUGCCAUCGAGAGAUACAGUGCCAUAUGCAACCCGCUAAAGUCCCGGGCGUGGCAGACGAGAUCCCACGCCUACCGUGUCAUCGCUGCCACAUGGGUGGUGUCGUUGCUCAUCAUGGUGCCCUAUCCGGUGUUUAGUGCCCUGAAGACGUUCCCCAAAGCGAAUGGCACUGUGGGCCACAUGUGUCGUCUUGAUUGGCCCAGCCAGCAAGCCGAGCAGACCUGGUAUAUGCUGCUUCUGUUCACCUUGUUCUUCGUCCCGGGAGUGGUGAUGAUUAUAGCCUACGGUCUGAUCUCCAGGGAGCUCUACCGAGGCAUGCAGUUCGAGUUUGGCCACAACAAAGAGACCACUGGUCAGAAGAACGGCGUCGCAAAGCCUCUCACGGGGUCCAACGACGACGACGAUGGCUGCUACAUCCAGGUGUCUAAAAAGCCCUCCUCUGCCGUGGAGCUCCCCACCCUCUCCGCCGCGGCCGCCGCCAACCAAGCCAAGACCGAGCGCGCCCGCAGCAACACCUCCGAGGCCAAGCUGCAGGCCAAGCGCCGCGUCAUCCGCAUGCUGAUGGUGAUCGUGGCGCUCUUCUUCGUCUGCUGGAUGCCGCUGUACACCGCCAACACCUGGAAGGCCUUUGACCUGAGGUCGGCGUCCAAAGCGCUCUCAGGAGCGCCCAUCUCCUUCAUCCACCUGCUGUCCUACACCUCGGCGUGCGUCAACCCCAUCAUCUACUGCUUCAUGAACAUGCGCUUCCGCAAGGCCCUGCUCUCCACCUUCGCCUGCUGCUGCCGCAACCGGCUCUGCCGCCGGUGCUGGUGGUGCGGGAGGAGGAGGGAGGCGGGGGAUGACGGCACCACCGCCGUUUCCAUGGCGACGUCCAUGGCCACCUCCAUGUCCAAGUUCAGCUACACCACGCAUCCGCUUUGUUGCAUCCUGAGAAAGAACAUCAAGUGCCUGUGCUCUGUGUGUGGCUUUGUGUGUUCUGGUAGUUCGUUCACUGGCUGAUGGACAUUUUAGUGACAAAAACUACGUUGUAAAUACUUUGUGCCAAAGAAUCAUUCUCCUGAAUAACUUGCACAUUGUCGACUCCCAAAUUCUGAAAAAGCUGAAUGCCAAGUAGUCAGCGUGUUUACACCAAAAAAAUAUAUCAAAGGGAACAGAGUGAGUCCAGUUUUUAUUUUUUAAUCUGGACAAACUCUGACUUUAUGUUUUGGUCUUAUUGACUAAUGUUUCAUCACUUCUUAUUUUUAAAGCAGCAGCCAUCCAAACACUGAAAUGUAUAUGUUUGUCAGUGUCUUGGUGUUAAAUGGAUGUUUUUUGUUUCCCGCCCCUCUUGCAGUAACGCUUAGUGAACCAAGCUGAUUGGGCAGCGGCAUGUUUACACAAACAGAUAACAACUCGGGGAAAAAGUGCUUCAGUCGAACUCACCUUUUCUCUGUGCUGUCUUUAAUGUACUCACUCUGCCUUCUGCUUCAGCGCCGCCAAUUACUUUGAGUGUCGCCUAAGUACAAAGACCCCCGUUUUUUUCCUUAAAUUGCUCCUCCGACGCACCACAUCUGAGAUCUUCAAUUCUUCAACCCUAAUGGUAACAACAAACUUUUUUUAAAAUUACAUCUUUCAUGCUAAUAACUCGAGCUCAAGUGUGCUACAGAUAUUCAAUUUAAAAAGAAAAGCUAGACAUCCUGGAUAUAUGUUGAUGAGAAGAUUGAUACCACGCUCUAUGCUAAUUAUGAAUUAGGAGAGAAUUAGCUUAGCUUAGUUUAAGCCUGGCUCACACUACAGGAUAAUCGGGCCGAUUUGAGCUCCGAUUCCUUCCCGACAAUCGCAGGGUCGCUCCCUCAACUCCCGGCUGCUCGGACCCGAUUAUCUGCUCAGAUUAUCUUGUAGUGUGAGUUGUACAAACAUCCAAUCUUAAUGUUCGCCCGGCAAUCGUCGGGGACGCCUCGAUUUAUUUCAAACUUGUUUGAUAUUUAUCGGGUCGUACACGGUGAGCUGACAUGCCACCUCGACUUUUAUACAAUCGGGGGGAAAAUCGCACAGUGUGAGCUUGGCUUUAGGUUAACUUAGCUUAGCUUAGAGUGAAAACGCAGGGGGAGACCGCUAGCUCGACUCUUUCUACUUUGAUGCAUUUUUUAAGGAUUGUGUUCUUAAAUGUUUCAAGACAUUCCUACUGGACUAGAAAAGAAAACACUGUGUGACAUGUUAAAUCUUCUUACUGUCUUUCUGUCAGAGAUCUGGUCGAGAAGGUUUAGACCACUCUCAUGGAGUUCCGUUAAAAAUGAAGCUAGACUUCGGCAGGGUUUACAUAGCCAACCAAAAAGCUACAAAUUGUUUGAACAAUAUUGUAAUUUAUGGAUAUGUUGGUUAACAUUUUGUUUCUAUAUAUUUCAACAACAACUAAGAAUGUUUCCGCUCCCCCACCCCAAAUAAUUCACAUUAAACAGCUGAACACUGGAUGGAUACAGAAAGUAAACACUGCGAUUGUGACGGCCUCCUGAGCACUUCUGCUUGAGAUGUUAGACUUCUGUCCUACAUAUUGGUACGUUGCCAUUUCCUAUCGCUUUCAUGUUCCCUACUCUUUUUCAUGUUCUCCCGUCUCCCAGCAGUGCCUGUCCCCUCAGCCCCCCCCCCCCACACACACACACACAGACACACACACAUACACAUAUCAACCACCCUCCUUUGUAUUGUUUUUCAAUGCAGGCGUAUGAAUACAUGAAUGACAAUGGCGUGUGUGGGUGACAGCUGAGAUUUGUGACAAGCGCUGACCGAAAAGCGAUGGCAGAGAGUUUGGCUUGCAGACAAUUGGCACACAAAAAUCCCUCGUAUAAACUCAACGUCCGGUCGCCUCUGCUUGGUCAUUCCGGCAGCCGACAGUGAUUUCCAUAUCCAGUGAGAAUGUAUUUAUUUCUGUGCACCUUUCACCUCCUGCGUAAUUUAUAUUCAUCCAAGUCCCUUUUUAAAACUUGCAGAAAGUCAGGUGGAUUAUUUAUUAAAAUGCAAACUGUAUAUGAUUUAGUAAUAAGCAGAUCUUAGUCAGGAUAAUGAAUGUAAGACUCUUAAUCCAGGGUUGCUUCUGUUUCCCCAGGCUAAAUAAAUCUCAUCUGCAUUUUAAAAGAACCAAACUUUUGGCUAAGUUUGCUUCCUUAAAAAAAGCAAAAAAAAAAAAAAACAGCCUGUCAGGCGUUCUUCAAACUGCUUGUGAAAAUGUACUGCUUUUAUUGAAUCGUAUGUGUUUGGCUGUUUCACCUAGCAGGUGUGCAUAUGAAUUAUUUAGACAAGGAAAAACAACCAGUGUUUGAGCGGCUACUUCCUGAUUCCCUUUAACUUUAACGGAGUAAACAAGGAGUACUUAGCCGACUUAAAGUUCAACUUAUUUCCAGAAUGUCCGUUAAGGAAAACAAGUCAGACCACGCUCCCCUGAGCAGCUUUUGAUGGUGGACAAAGAAUGUGUUAUCAGUCUUCUCAUUGUUGCAUGAGUACAAAACUAUAAUCCACUCGUCAGUAACUUAGAAUGUCUCCCAAAAAAAAAUAAACGUUUUUACCACGACUUGGGAUGUUUUCCGUCUCCAAAAGAAACGAGGUAAAAUCCCCCUCCAGGGGUGAGAAAUCUAACUCUUACCCUUUCCCCAGAAAUAAUGCCUGAUGCAAAUUGAAACUGAAAUGAGACAGAAGCCGAGGACCGUACGCAUAGUCGCUUUCUCCCUUAUCUCCCCUCCCCCUCCUCCUCCUCCCCCCCCCUCAACAAGAAUCCCAUUAGGCGCUUCAGGCUGCAGACAAGGAGGAAAAAAAAAAAAAACAGCAAACCUCAUUUGCCUCUUUAGCUCCGUGCACAACACCGAGGAGCACAGCUUGAUCAACUUGGGGGGGGGGGGGACAUGAAAGAAGUGACAGCACAAAUCGGAAAAACUGCAACGUCACCGUUUGUCACCGUGUCAACAGGAUAGUAACCUCCUCAUAAUCCUGAUGAUUCAUUUGUGCUCCAAAAGACCCAGGCCAUGAUUAAAUCACUCCACUCCUGCUCAUUCAGUAGUUAAAUAAUGUGUUCUUCAAGCUGCUCGUUAUGAUUUUUGGAGCUUAAUAUGACGAUUUUGAGUAUUUCCCUUUUAAUUGAAGGACUACACAGCCCGAGGAAACUCCUAACCUUCCAUUCAUUUAAUCCUUAAAAAAUGCUACAAACAAAAAGCUGCUUUUCUGAGCGGCUGAAAUUGUGAGCGCCGGCAGCAGACGCUGACAAUAAGCACCCGAGGAAAAAGUGGUUUCUCAAUUAUUUCUAAUGGCCUCCUGGAGGAGUAGCUGUGAGUAAAAUGUGCCUCCGCUGAAUUUGUUUUAAUUUUGUUUUUCUGCAGAAUAAUUAAUAAUUGCAAUGAGAGGGAUUUUUGUAGCUUCGCCUCAGGCGCAGGAAGAAAUAUUCCGGCCUACAGGUUUCUGCUCCUGAGUGGUACCAAGAAACAUAUUUAAUGGGAGCCGUCCAUGGAUAUGUGUUUAUUUGUUCAUUUCUUUUUCUUUACUCAGCCUUACAGAAUAUGUCCUUGUAAAGAGGAAAAAUGUGUCUCUAUGUGUUUUUGUUUCUUCUUCUUGGCUCGAGCAGAUAAAGUUGUUCUUUUUAAGACGGCUUUAGAGGGAAGCAUCUUACUGGCCGACCCCACUACAUGCGAGAAGAGAGUAGGGCAACGGAUUAUGGGGCGCUUGGCGAGCAAGGGGAAGGCGAGAAAGGAGUGGGACAAAAGUUGAACAAAAUGCGAUGCGAGCUGCGCGACCCGCUAUUUUGAUUGGGUUUGAAUUCUCCCGUGAUUGACCGGAAAGGCCGUUUUCCCCAAAGAAUUCAAACCUGGAAACAACAUGGCGGCUUUUUCCCUAAUGUAAAAAAAACAACAACUUUUUAUACGUAAUAAAAUUACAAAUAAUUGGGUUUUUAAGCGAUGCACUGAAAUGUCAUUCUGAAAGCAUUUGGUGCGAGAAAUGUGCAAUGUAGUUUCUGAAUCUUGACUCAUUCGGCCUAAAGAAAACGUGUGUCCGACCUUGGUGGUGCACGCUCUGCUGUGAUUGACAGCUGCUUGUAGUUCACGGCCACAAGCAGCUGGGAGAUUAGGCAACAAAGCGAGGUGGAAUGUUUGUGACUUCAUAUGCAGUGGGGCCGCGCAGUCGAGUGUAAACAUGUACGUCAAGUUAAAGUCUCAGAAGUAAAACUUGUUGAGGAACGCUGAGGCGACGAGCUAGCAGAGAUAGCCGUGUGUGUUUGUGCGUCUAUAUGCAGUAAACGUUUACUAAAGCAGUCUGCUCAGUUCUUUCUACCACAUCUGGUGCCUGCUUGUGCUACAUUGUAAUACUUACUGUGUCAAAUGUCUGUUGCUCUCAUGUCUGGGAGAAGUUCAAUGUAAGGUUAUCGAUGUUUGUGAUGUUUUGCUUUAACUGUAUCUCCAGUACGACCUAAUUCUGAUGAUGUUUUUCAUGGUUUGGUACAUGGUAACUGGUUUACAGAUUGGGUAUUUAUCAUGCAAAAUGUCUAUUAUUUAACCAAAAAAAAAAAUAACGGGGAAAACAUGGUUAUGUCUUUAUGUUGUGUGUAUAAUUACUCCAAUAAAACGUUUUUCUGGUCAAAAAUCGAGAGACUAAA